UCAGGAUAGUCAUGAUGGGACGAGCAUUAUUGAUAGCAACAUCACUAUGCGUCAUUGUGAGCAGCUAUUUAAGCGCAGAAGCUUUCGAUACGUUUGAACCAAGUGUCAUUCAGAUAGGACCUGAACCAGGGUCUGGCUCAAAGGUAGCGCGGCGCAGUAUUGCUAUAAUUAAUAACGACUUCGUGCUGGACGGGAAGCCGACCCGAAUAAUAUCAGGAUCACUCCACUACUUCAGAUUGCCCGCAGAGUACUGGCGGGACCGUCUGCGGAAACUGAAGGCUGCUGGACUCAACUCCGUAGCAACAUACGUGGAGUGGAGUUACCAUGAACCCGAAGAAGGGCAGUAUUUAUUUGAAGGUGAUAGAGAUGUCGCCAAAUUCAUUCGUAUGGCUGCCGAAGAAGGCCUAUAUGUUCUUCUACGAGUUGGUCCAUACAUUUGUGCUGAACGAGACCUCGGUGGUUUUCCAUAUUGGUUGCUCGGCAAAUACCCAAACAUCAGCCUAAGAUCCACGGAUAAAGAUUACAUAGCAGAAUCCGGUAAAUGGUUGGACAAAUUCUUCGAACAAACAUCUUCCUUACUAUAUGGGAACGGGGGACCAAUAAUCUUAGUCCAGGUAGAAAAUGAGUACGGUAGCUAUGGCAACAACAUGAACUAUCGAGUCCAAGUCCGCAACAUGCUGCAGAACCACGUCGGUACCAACGCUCUCCUCUACACUACUGACGGGAAUGCAAUUUCUUUCUUCAGAAAUGGUGCCGUUCCUAACACUCUCACCACCAUCGAUUUUGGUCCCCACUCAAAUGUACAACAAUCAUUCGAGGAAUUGCGAAAGUUUAUGCCUUCUGGACCUUUGAUGAACUCUGAGUACUACACGGGUUGGCUAACUCAUUGGGGCGAGCGUCUCGCCGUCGUCAAGCCCGAGGACGUGGCUAAAACGCUCGGCGACAUCAUCAGUUACGGCGCAAACGUCAACUUUUACAUGUUCUUCGGAGGCACCAACUUCGAAUACACAGCUGGGGCCAACUACUUCGGUACUUUUCAACCAGACAUCACAUCGUAUGACUAUGAUGCACCGAUAUCAGAGGCGGGAGAUCUCACUCCUAAAUACCAUCUUAUUAGACAGAAAUUAAAGGAGAACAACUUUGUUAAUGAAAGCAUUGAAGUACCACAAAAUAGUCCUAAAGGUGAUUACGGGCCCGUAAACUUAACUGCAACGGUGAAUUUACUAAGUCCCGAAGGUCGAUCUCAACUAGGCAAAAAGUACCCCGAUGUAACGGGUCCAAAUCUGCCAACCUUCGAGCAUCUUCGUCAACGAGCAGGACUUAUGCUAUAUGAAACCACAUUAACCGAAGCUGAUGACUUGUUACACAUAAAGACACCUAGAGAUAUGAUUUUCGUGUUUGUUGAUGGCGAAUUCAGAGGUCGCAUCAGCAGGAUUCACAAGAUCUACAGCAUUCCGUUGUCAGCAAAGAAUGGUUCAGUGUUGUCGUUAUUAGUAGAACCCCUGGGACGAAUAAACUUUGGCAGAUUUAUACACGAUUUUAAGGGUAUAUUAAGCCAAGUGGAGUUCAAAAGCAAGGUUUUAGAUGGAAAAUGGACAGUGACAGGAUUUCCUUUGGAGACAUUCGAUACGUCACCGGUUAACAAUCCUAAUUUGAAAACCCCUGCGUUUUAUGAAGGCUACUUCACGUUGCCAGAAGGCAAGGAACCACUGGACACUUUUGUCGAUACUACUGGAUGGGGCAAGGGCUACAUCUGGGUGAACGGUCACAACCUCGGCAGGUACUGGCCAACAGCAGGACCACAGAUCACGCUGUACCUGCCAGGAGUUUGGCUCAAACCAGCACCAGAAAGGAACCACAUUCGAAUCUUGGAACUGAACAGACCUCCACCUGUCCUCGCCAUGGACUUGAUAGAUUAUCCAAUCCUCAAUAGAACUGGAAAUAUUAACUGGUGGAGGAUACAACCGAAAGUACUGAAACCAAAUAACGUAACAUUUGUGUAG